AUGCUAUAUAGUCAAGACUUGAAAAAUAAGGCAUCUUCUGUUAUAUCUAAUACAAAUUUAGGAUGGCAACAAACUGGAAUAAUUUGUGAUUGUCUUUAAGAUCGAUAUGAGAUUGAGAUGAAAUAUUCGAAAGCAAUUGAAAAAUUGGCAACUAAAUUAGCUCCUAUUAAUGAAUUCUUCAGUGCUUCUUUUGGAAUCAGAGCAUAAUUAUCAUCUUAAUUCGCUGAAGAAAUAAAAGGAGAAAUAGAUAUAAUGAAAUAAUUGAUAGUUUAAUAGAAAGCAACAUAAUAUUUAGAUUAUGUCAAAUUGUGGGACAGCUAAUUAUAAUCAAUUAAAUCAAAUCUUAAAGCUGCAGAAGGAUAUCUCAAAAAUAAAAAAAGAGAAUAUGAAAUUGAGGGAACUUUUGAACUUGUAUAUUCAGCCUGUUAACCAGAUAAACUUGAAAAAUAGAAAAAUAAGUAUUAAUAGAUUCAAUUUUAGAGCUGCUGCAUGUAAGAAAGAGUAUCAAUAAGCAAAAGGGAACUAUUUAGAGUUAAAAUCAGAAAUGGAACAAGUUUUGAAAGAAUAAGAAGCUGAGGCUACUUUAGAUUAACUUUAACAAUUAAGUUUAUAAAGACUUAAUGCAAUAAAGGAUUGUAUAUUAAAAAUAUUUGUAUACGAGUCUUCUAUUGCGAAAAAUCACUUAUAUGAUUUAGAGAAGAUGUCUGAUGUAAUUUUUGUAAAUAUUUAUAUAAGAGACUGCAUGAUCAAGAUUAAAACUUAUUUAUAGAAGAAUUCAUCAAAAAAACAAAGUAAUAGGAAACUAAUCCAAUUGAAUUAGAAUCCUUUCUUACUAAAUUACUUGAUAGUUAAGGCUAAUAAUAAAUAUAUACAACUAAUAUCUAUCCUAUAGGACUAGAAAAAACAGAAGAGUAAAUUUAAUAAGAAACAAAAGAAAUUUAAGAUUAACCUUAAAAAUAAGAAGAAUUUUUGAAUUUUUUAUCUCAAAAAUUCAAUUCUAGUUCAUUUCAAUUAACUCUUCAGGAAUUUAUUUAAUGUACUAAUAUUUCAAUUGGGAUAUUGGAUUAUGUAAUGAUAAUAUUUUAUAAAUUUAGUGUUAUGAAAAUAAAAAUGCCAUUUUGGCUUAAUAGUUACUCUAAUUUAGUUUUGGACUAUUUACUAAGGAUACUUAAACAAGAUAUAUGUAAGACAUGCUUGUAAAUCAUCAAAUAUGGUAACAUCGUGAUUAUUGGGAAGCCGUUAUAAUAAAUUAAAUAUCUAAGAUAAAAAAAGGAACAAAAGAAAACAUUAAUACAAGCAUUUUAAGUAUAUUAACUUAAGUAGCAUAACAUAUGUUAAUGUUUAAAUUAUCACCAGAUUUAGUUAGGGAUAUAGUUUAAAAGUUUUCUUAAUUUUUUAAAUUGAACAAAGAAAUAGCAGAUGAUCUCAUAGUAAAAUAUUAAUUAAUCUAAAUUAGUAAGCAAUUAACAGUUAAGUUUGA